AUGUCGACCAAGGAUCAUGCGACUGCCUCGACUCUACUGGAGUCGUCUUCUGUAUCUGUUAACACACCUGGGUCCAUUUUCCAGUGUAUUUUAGGUACCAGAACUGAUAUGAGUGAAGACCCUGGCGUCCAGUUCGUGGGCGCCAGGUCCAAGCGCACGCAUCGUCAAAUGUCCCAAGAAUCAAGUGAUGGGAGCCAAAUGUCCUGGCAUCACCACUUUCAUCCUCCCCGUCCGAACACAUCCAGCUCCCGUCCCGCUCGCUUGCCACCCAUGAGAACACCCCGAGAUGGAUUUGACUUCAGACGCCCAGCUGAAGUAGCUAGUCAAACAGAGGAUGUGAUUGACCUCACAAAUGAACCGGAAACUCCUCCACAACAUACCCGUCGCCACUCCUCCGACAUUCAAGGCUCAACCUCCUCACGGCUUCCCCGCUUUGGUAGGAAUAUCAUGGCGGAAACAGACAUUGUUGACCUGGAAGUUGAGCCUGACCAUACAGGUGAAGGUCCUUCCAGUAGUCCAGAGGUUCAGUUCGUCCGGGCUACUGUCCGCCAGCCACCCAGACGGUGGGAUCCUUUGAGCUUGCUCCCUACCAAUUUCCCUCUAGGCGCUCGGUCUCAACAUCCCCAUGACAUGCAUCGCCUUGCCCCUUUGGACAGAACUUUACCGAGAGCCUUGCAACGGGCACAUAGGCAGUUUAUGCCUAAUUUGGGUGACUCGUUGUUCAUCGGAAGCUCCGCGGGCCUACCUCCUAUCGAUGUCACUAAUGAGGUCAUUCUCGAUUAUGCCGUUUCAUCUUUUGCUAUGGACCCCCUUUCUCGUCGCCAGGAGGAGCGGCGCCAACGUGAUAGGUAUAAAGCUCCAAGUCCUGCCCCAGCAGGCUUCACCAGAACUCUAGGGGAGGAUGACAUUGCUAUUUGUCCCAACUGUAACUGGGAGCUUGGCACUGGGGACGGCAAAAGGCAAGAGAUUUGGGUUGCAAAACCUUGCGGUCAUGUUUACUGUGGUGAAUGUGCCGAGAAUCGAUCUUUAUCAAAAGCAAAGAAGGCACAGACUGCUCAAAGAACCAAACCAUUCUCUAAAUGCCAGGUUGAGGGGUGCGGUAAACAAGUCAGCGCACCCACAGCUAUGCUCCAUCUAUAUCUGUGA